AUGAAGGGUUAUUUCGGCAAGGAGGAAGCUCCCUUCGUGGGGGCAUCCACUCUCAACAGCCACGAGACUGAUGGCAACAUGACUCUCCAACGCUCGCUGGGCACCGUUGCGGAGCGCGCUCGCCGUAAUAUCAAUGCAAAGUUGGCGAACCCUCUAGCCGGUCAAACUCAAGAUGAACUGCGCAGGCGAGGCAUCAAUUUCGCCAUCGAACAUCAUUUGGGAGAUGAAGAAGAUAUACGUGCUUUCGCCAUGGGCGCUAUGUUGGCCCAGAGACCAGAAAAAUACGCAGAAGUCCCGGGUUUGACUCCCCAGGAGCUGGAAGUAUUGAAGAACGAAUUUGCCCACCGUUGGUCCCAGCCAUGGACGAUGUACCUGGUCAUCUGUCUAUGUUCCCUCUCUGCGGCCGUACAAGGAAUGGAUGAAACGGUGGUCAAUGGCGCUCAGAUCUUCUACAAGCAUCAGUUUGGCAUUGACGGCACAGACUCCCGCUCUAAUUGGUUGCUUGGACUGGUCAAUUCAGCACCAUACCUGUGUUGCGCCGUCAUCGGCUGCUGGCUGACGGUGCCUUUCAAUGCAUGGUUUGGCCGUCGCGGAACUAUCUUCAUCACAUGCUGCUUCUCUGCGCUGACUUGCCUUUGGCAAGGUUUUGUCAACACCUGGUGGCAUAUGUUCAUCGCUCGUUUUGCGUUGGGCUUCGGAAUCGGUCCCAAGUCUGCAACAGUUCCAAUCUACGCCGCCGAAACAGCGCCUCCUGUCAUCCGUGGUGCUUUGGUAAUGCAAUGGCAAAUGUGGACAGCAUUCGGGAUCAUGUUCGGCUACGCUGCGGACCUCGCAUUCUUCCAAGUAUCUGAUUCUUCGGGGAUCGUCGGCCUAAACUGGCGUAUGAUGAUGGCUUCAGCCUUGUUCCCAGCUCUUCUGGUCUGUUGCUUUGUCUUCACUUGCCCGGAAUCUCCCCGUUGGUACAUGUCGCGAAACCGCUACGACAAGGCCUAUGAGUCCAUGUGUAGCUUGCGUUUCAAUAAAGUCCAAGCCGCGCGUGACUUGUACUACAUGCAUACAUUGCUGAAAGCCGAGGCUGGGAUAAAGCUCGGUCAAAACAAGAUCCUCGAGCUAAUCUGUGUUCCCCGCAACCGACGUGCAAUGAUCGCAUCAGAACUAGUGAUGUUCAUGCAACAAUUCUGCGGUGUUAACGUUAUCGCGUACUAUUCGUCGGAGAUCUUUCUACAAUCAACUGGUCCGACUAAUAUGCUAACAACAGAGAACCAGCUGAGGGCACUAGCGGCGUCUUUCGGCUGGGGAAUGAUCAACUGGCUCUUCGCCAUACCCGCCGUGUAUACGAUUGACACAUUUGGCCGUCGCAAUCUUCUGCUAACUACCUUUCCUCUAAUGGCUUUGUCGAUGUUCUUUACCGGCUUCAGCUUCUGGAUACCUGAAGACACAAAAGGUUCUGCCCGGAUGGGGUGCGUUGCUUUAGGAACAUACCUCUUUGGAAUCGUGUAUUCGUUUGGAGAGGGACCAGUGCCGUUUACCUAUUCCGCUGAAGCCUACCCGCUCUACGUUCGUUCUUACGGGAUGGCUUUAGCUACCUCGACGACGUGGUUGUUCAACUUCACGCUAGCCAUCACUUGGCCUUCACUCCGUCAUGCGUUUACUCCUCAAGGGGCGUUCAGCUGGUAUGCCGGUUGGUGUAUCGUCGGAUGGUUUCUGAUACUUUUGUUCAUGCCCGAAACAAAAGGGAAGACGCUAGAAGAGCUGGAUCAGGUGUUUGGAGUUCCCACGCGCUUCCAUGCAAAAUACGGGCUGCGACAGAUUCCUUACUUCAUCAGGAGAUAUAUCCUCCGUCGGAAAGUUCGUCCUCAAAUUUUGUACGAGAGAGAGGAUGACGAGCCUGUGACCGACACCGGAUAUGACCAUAUUUGAUGCAAGUUGCCUUCAGAUCAUGUCUCCGCUCCUUUGAUGUGGCGUGGCAGGAAGAGCGUAAUCUUGUUUAUUGUACAGGGGUCUGCUGCUGUGCCUUUGUCCAUAACUGCAUCGGGUUCUAGCAAGAUUUGAAAGAGAACGGAGUUCUUGAUGGAUUUCCAAUUUCAUUUCCAAUUUCUGAUUGUUCUAAUAUUUUAAGAAUGGUGCAUGAAAUGUGAAAAGGUAGGG